AUGACGAUCGGUUUAUAUGGCGCUGCCUUUAUCGGCACUUGCCUCUCCUGGGUGCUUUUGACCUAUUUUGGGCGACGUCAAAUAUGGCUUGUCGGGCUAUCUGCCCUCGUCGUUGGACAAAUCCUCAUCGGUGUCUUGUCAGUGGUGGCAGACAAGGGUCAUGUUGGUGCUCGAUGGGCACAAGCUGGGCUAAUGAUUGGAUGGCUGUUCACCUACGAUAUGACUGUUGGACCUGUAGCCUACGCAAUCGUAGGGGAGACAUCGUCCACCCGAUUGCGUAACAAGACUGUUGGUCUGGCUCGUGCAUCCUACAAUGUAUUCAGUAUCUGCUUCGGAGUGCUCAUGCCUUACAUGCUCAACCCCACGAAGUGGAAUUGGGCGGGAAAAACUGGUAAGUUUCUUUGGGCUGGAAUCGGUCUCAUCUGCCUCAUCUGGGCAUACUUCAGGCUACCAGAGUUGAAGGAUCGGAGUUUCCUCGAAGCCGACAUCAUGUUUACACGGGGUGUUCCUGCUCGAAAGUUCAAAACAUACGUCAUCGAAGCAAACGCUGAUGAGCAUGUUCAGAAUGAUUUGAAAUGA